AGAACGGGAUCCGCCAUGUUGGCUCCGACCGCGCUGUGUUUUUCUACGCAAGCUAACACCGCAAUGGAUCCAGUUUCGACUUAUUUUGCGCCUCCCUCUCUUGGUCUUGUUGUUCCGCGUGUGAGGGUCGUUGUAUUUUGGAUGAUGCUGUGUCCAUUGGUUGUUUUCUUAACGGGAGGGAUUAUUUAUUUGCUUUUGUAACUGAAUUGUUUUAGUUAAAGAGGCGGUUUAUACAUGAAACGCAAGACUUGGAAGGUAAAGAAAGAAACAGCAACUAACGCCGACUGCAGAGAGCUGAGGGAGUGAGAACGGAUCAGCCUCACUCGAAGGAAGUUUCUGAGAUGGAAGCAGCUCACAUCAGCCCAGAGCUUCCUGUUCGAUGGGUUGUUUCUGCAGACAGAACUGUUGAGAUCAAGGAGGAAGUGACUGAGCUGGGGUGUGAUCAGGCCAAUGAGCGGAUCCUGCAGGAGGAAACACCACCUUCUAGUAUCACUGAGAGAGGUACUGAUAUGAAAUUGGUAUAUCUUGGUAGAAGAGAAGAAUCAGAAAUGGCAUCUUCUCACAUUAAAGAGGAGGCCCCUGAACUGGAACCCGUCCACAUUAAAGAGGAGAGUCCUGUGCUAGAACCAGUCUACAUGAAGAAAGAAGUCUCAGCACUGGAACCUAUCCACAUUAAAGAGGAGAGUCCUGUGCUAGAACCAGUCUACAUGAAGAAAGAAGUCUCAGUGCUGGAACCUGUCCACAUUAAAGAGGAGAGUCCUGUGCUAGAAUCAGCAGAAUGUGAACACCUUUCAGUUAUGUCUGAAGGCAACACGUGUGCGCCCACCACUCAUCUUCGCUGGACUGAGGAGGAGACCCGGGCAUUAAUAAAUGUAGUCAGUGACCUGGGCGUGAUGAGUCGGCUCGAUCGCCCCAAACAGCGCAACCAGCAUGUGUACCAACAAGUGGUCAAUGCCCUCUCUAGACGAGGAACAGAACGCACAGUCCCGCAAACCAGGGACAAAUUCAAAAAGCUGAAGCAGUCCUACCUGCAGGAACGAGCAAGGCGGUGCCGUUCGGGAGAAGCAGGACAGUCCCGGUUCCGGUUCUGGGAAGAGAUGAACGGUUUACUGGGACGGCGGCCAGUGGCAGCUGCCCACUUGACUGGCACCUCCCAGCACGCUGCAUCCCAGGCGUCAUCCUCCUGUCUUGAUCAAGACCCCUCCACCAGUGUUACUACUGCAUCGCAAUCCGCAGCCACAGCCUCCUCCAGUCCACGACCGCAAGCUGAAGAGCUGAGCAAACGGUCCGAUUCAGAUGCCACACGCGUGGAGCGGCAAGAGGAGGCAACUGAGGAGGCAGAAUUGGUGGAUGAGACUCCGCAUCCACAGCCUGAUGUGCCAGCUAGAGAACGACGUCGCAAUGCUCGCCCAUCACAAUGCUCUUUAGUAACUGAGUACAGGCGGUCCAGUCUCCUAGAAAUGAGACUAAUGCGACGCCAGAUGCAAGUCGCAGCUGCAAGGCAACAGUUCCUCUUCCAGCAGGCAGAGCGCCGCCGUCGGCACGACUGGUCGAGGUGGAUGAGACAGCAGCAGCAUCAACACCAGCAAACCGUGGCAAUGUUCUCUGAGUUCCUGCACAGCAUUGCUGAGGCUGCGACAUCCCACCCACCUGCGGCUGACGUUGUCACUGACCCAGCUGUGGCUUCUCCUGGCAGAACACAAGACGGGGGACAAUCUAUUCGCUGUGCAGGUCCCCCUCCAAGAGAGGCGCCCGUACCAGGGGAGGAAGAGGUGUCCCACAACUGUAAUAUGUAGGCCCCUACAUAAAUACUACAGUAGAAUUACAAAUGAGUGCAUUGGUUGUGUUUUUUAUUAUUAUUAAUAUUUAACACAAAGGUAAAAUGCAACACAACUUAUAUUAAAGAAAGGAGAGAGUCUGUGAUCGCACAAGCCUCCUCGGAUCGCUGCUGUCCAACUGAACCUGGUGGCUGAGGUAGCCUUUACGCUGCCUGUCUCUCAGGCAGCAGCCACUGAUUCCUGAACCCUUCAUUUUGUUCCUGACACAGGUUGUACUUGCCCAAGUGGGUGUGUGGUCCAGUGGUUAAAGAAAAGGGCUUGUAACCAGGAGGCCCCGGUUCAAAUCUCACGUCAGCCACUGGCUCAUUGUGUGACCCUGAUCAAGUCACUUAGCCUCUUUGUGCUCCGUCUUUCGGGUGAGACGUAAUUGUAAGUGACUCUGCAGCUGAUGCAUAAUUCACACACCCUAGUCUCUGUAAGUCGCCUUGGAUAAAGGUGUCUGCUAAAUAAACAAUUAAUAAUAAUAAGUGUGGUGUUGAACGUUUCCUGCUCAGCUGUGAGCCGUCCGGAGGGGUAGGGCUUCAUAAGCCACGGCAGUAGAAGGGUACGCAGCGUCCCCGAUUACAUAAUAAGGAACACCCUGAUGCCCUAUAUGUUGUAUUGCCUAAAUGAAAAGAGAAACAUGCAUUACUAUCGUAACAUGCGAGAUGUAUGCAAAAAGCAAUCGAUCUGUUGUAUUUUGAGACAUUUGUGAAAGUAUUAAUGUCAAGUGCUCAAUUUGAAACUGCAGCGUUAUGUUAGGAAUAUGUGUACACACAGAUGAAUACCCUGUUUUUUCCUUAAGAAGACAGUAAUCCGUAAGGGUACUAACCCACGGAAGUGAAUGUACAGCCCUGAAGAACAUAAUGGCGCAGCAUCGUGUGCAGACUCUAAACCUGUGAAAUAAAGUAACAAGGGAUGUCAAAAUGAUUUAUACAGCUGUAUUAAGACACAUUAUGGAUUCGUGAAGGUGUCAUCAUAUAGGGCAGCAGUGUGGAGUAGUGGUUAGGGCUUUGGACUCUUGUCCGGAGGGUCGUGGGUUCAAUCCCAGAUGGGGGACACUGCUGCUGUACCCUUGAGCAAGGUACUUUACCUAGAUUGCUCCAGUAAAAACCCAACUGUAUAAAUGGGUAAUUGUAUGUAAAAAAAAAAUAAUGUGAAAUAAUGUAUAAUGUGUAUAAUGUGAUAUCUUGUUCAAUUGUAAGUUGCCCUGGAUAAGGGUGUCUGCUAAGAAAUAAAUAAUAAUACACCCCGCCAUUCAUCUCUGCAUGCUUUCAAUAGAGCAAUACACCCUGCCAUUCAUCUCUGCAUGCUUUCAAUAGAGCAAUACACCCUGCCAUUCAUCUCUGCAUGCUUUCAAUAGAGCAAUACACCCCGCCAUUCAUCUCUGCAUGCUUUCAAUAGAGCAAUACACCCCGUCAUUCAUCUCUGCAUGCUUUCAAUAGAGCAAUACACCCCGCCAUUCAUCUCUGCAUGCUUUCAAUAGAGCAAUACACCCAGCCAUUCAUCUCUGCAUGCUUUCAAUAGAGCAAUACACCCCGCCAUUCAUCUCUGCAUGCUUUCAAUAGAGCAAUGCACCCUGCCAUUCAUCUCUGCAUGCUUUCAAUAGAGCAAUACACCCCGCCAUUCAUCUCUGCAUGCUUUCAAUAGAGCAAUACACCCCGCCAUUCAUCUCUGCAUGCUUUCAAUAGAGCAAUACACCCAGCCAUUCAUCUCUGCAUGCUUUCAAUAGAGCAAUACACCCCGCCAUUCAUCUCUGCAUGCUUUCAAUAGAGCAAUACGCCCCGCCAUUCAUCUCUGCAUGCUUUCAAUAGAGCAAUACGCCCCGCCAUUCAUCUCUGCAUGCUUUCAAUAGAGCAAUACGCCCCGCCAUUCAUCUCUGCAUGCUUUCAAUAGAGCAAUACACCCAGCCAUUCAUCUCUGCAUGCUUUCAAUAGAGCAAUACACCCUGCCAUUCAUCUCUGCAUGCUUUCAAUAGAGCAAUACACCCCGCCAUUCAUCUCUGCAUGCUUUCAAUAGAGCAAUACACCCUGCCAUUCAUCUCUGCAUACUUUCAAUAGAGCAAUACACCCUGCCAUUCAUCUCUGCAUGCUUUCAAUAGAGCAAUACGCCCUGCCAUUCAUCUCUGCAUGCUUUCAAUAGAGCAAUACACCCUGCCAUUCAUCUCUGCAUGCUUUCAAUAGAGCAAUACACCCUGCCAUUCAUCUCUGCAUGCUUUCAAUAGAGCAAUACACCCAGCCAUUCAUCUCUGCAUGCUUUCAAUAGAGCAAUACGCCCCGCCAUUCAUCUCUGCAUGCUUUCAAUAGAGCAAUACACCCUGCCAUUCAUCUCUGCAUGCUUUCAAUAGAGCAAUACACCCUGCCAUUCAUCUCUGCAUGCUUUCAAUAGAGCAAUACACCCUGCCAUUCAUCUCUGCAUGCUUUCAAUAGAGCAAUACACCCUGCCAUUCAUCUCUGCAUGCUUUCAAUAGAGCAAUACACCCCGCCAUUCAUCUCUGCAUGCUUUCAAUAGAGCAAUACACCCUGCCAUUCAUCUCUGCAUGCUUUCAAUAGAGCAAUACACCCUGCCAUUCAUCUCUGCAUGCUUUCAAUAGAGCAAUACACCCUGCCCUUCAUCUCUGCAUGCUUUCAAUCUCUGUUUUUUUUUGUA